AUGGCCGCAGCAGCAUCAUCUACAAUAUCAAAAAACUCCCUAAAAUCCGUCGAAUGGAUGUGGCAAUCGAAUCCAAAUCCAUGGUCCAAAUCUGAGCCAGCAGAAUGGAGUCAUUAUUCCGAUGUAGAAAAUCUUAUUAUGGAAAGAGCAUAUUCAAAUAAAAAAGAAAAAGCAAUUUUGGAUGAUUAUUAUAUUGAUUUUAAAGAAAAUUUACAAGUAUCAAAUACGGAUGAUCAUAAACAAAGGCCUGUCAAACGAGUGGUGCGCAAAAGAGAAGACAAACAUUUGCGAGAGCAACGUUUUGUAGAUCUUCCUGUUAGUACAGGACGAUCAUUUGGUGGUGAAUACGGUUGGGUAUCACCAUUUAUUAUUGAAGUUCGAAGAGAUUUAAAACUCGAACCACACGAAUUACCGUCAAAAAAACCUGAAAUGAUUCCAAUGCUUGUUGAUAAAGCUGCUGAAGGUAUUAUUAAAGAAGGAAAAUAUAUUCGAAAGGAAGAAGAAGCUAAAGAAUUAGCAAAUAUGCUUAAAGAAAAGAAAAAUCAAGGAAUUGAAGAAGUAUGGAAAUGUUGUGCAUAUUUAUAUUCAUUAGAAAGUUUUCUGUAUAAAACUUUAAAUACAGCAAUGCGAUUAGUUGGAGAUAAAGAUCAUGAAGAAGUAUGGAGAAGUAAAGUUCGUACACUGGGGCCAUUUUGUUUAUUGUUAUGGGAUGAUCCAUUUAAUAAAAGAGCUAAAGCAAAUAAAACACUUUAUCGAGGGGCAAAUCUAAAUGGUGAACAAAUUGCUAAAUAUGAAGAAAUGACCAAACAUUCUAAUAUGUAUGGCUCAUUUCAAGCAUUUACAUCAUGCAGUCGUAAUCGUAAGAAAGCAGAAGAAUUUGGAAAUACUUUAUUUAUUAUGAAAAUUGUUAUUGCUUUUACUGCUGAUCUUGUUGAUUUAUCUGAAUAUCCUAGUGAAGAAGAAGAACUUAUUGCACCAGGUGUUUCUUUUCGUGUUACAAAAGUUGAAUUUGAUCGAAAGAUCAAGAAACAUUUAAUUUCUUUAAAAUUAAGACAACGAUUCUCGAGUAAGUAG